UGAUGCCCACCCCACUGUCCUUCGGGAAGUCGCUCGGAGAAUGCUGGCCGGCAGUUCCUUUCUCCCUCAUCACCUGGUCAUCCCUCCGGUGACCACCGUGCGUGACGGUAGCUUCCGUCCUUCCAAACGAAAACCAACCCGAUUCUACUCUAACAGGAUCCGGCCCGUGAUGUCGCUCAACCAAACCCCUCAACCUUCAAAUUCAAAUUCGUCCAUUAUCAAUUCACUCACGAAGCUCCUGUGGGGCCAAUCUCUCCCACCAGGUCUCCUCAUCGCCACCGUCCGUACGUCUUGGAACUCCACGUGGCGGGUCAUGAUGUCCCAGCUGGCUCCUUCUGAUCCCUCCGGUGGCUAUUCAAGACCCGCUUCGAAGUUCCGAGCCUCCCGUCUCUCCGUCUCAAGCCCAACCCGCCUCCACCUCUAUGUGGGACUGCCCUGCCCCUGGGCCCACCGAACCCUCAUAGUCCGAGCCUUGAAGGGCUUGGAGGAGGCGGUGCCAGUCUCUGUUGCUUCCCCAGGAGUGGACGGAUCAUGGGAAUUCAAAUAUUUCCGUGAUGGGGAAAAGGAUAAGCUUAAUCCUACUCUGGAUAAGGCGAAUGGGUGCAAGACGUUGAAGGAAGUUUAUAGGCUGAGAAGCGGUGGGUAUGAUGGAAGAUCCACCGUGCCAAUGUUAUGGGAUGGUGAUAAAAUGGACGUUUUAUGCAAUGAGAGCUAUGAUAUUAUUGAGCUAUUCAAUUCGGAGUUAAACGAGGUGGCUAGCAAUCCAACUUUGGAUCUUUCGCCCCCUGAAUUGAGGGGAAAGAUUCAGGAAUGGUACCAGAUAAUAUAUCCAAAUGUGAAUAAUGGGGUGUAUAGGUGUGGGUUUGCGCAGAGCCAGGAAUCAUAUGACAAAGCAGUGAAUGAGUUGUUCAAGACGCUGGACGUGUUGGAAAAGCACUUGGGUGGUUCGCGAUACUUGUGUGGAGACGCGCUCACCCUUGUGGAUGUAUGCCUUUUUACUACUCUAAUUCGGUUUGAUCUUGUGUAUAACGGGAUUUUCAAGUGCACCAAGAGGAAGCUCAUUGAGUAUCCCAACCUGCACGCCUACAUGCGUGACAUUUAUCAGAUACCGAAGGUGGCAGAAACCUGCAAUUUCACUGAAACAAUGGAUGGUUAUUACAAAAUGCUUUUCCCACUCAAUCCAGGGAGCAUCAGACCAAUUAUGCCUUCGGGUUAUGAUCCAGAAGUUCUUUGCAGUCCUCAUGGCAGAGAAUCAAUGUCAUCGGCUACGCCGGCUUUUGUCAGAUAAAAACCAAACAAGAAUAGCGUAAUCUAUGGCUUCAAGUUAACUGUAUAGCACGCUUUUACCUAAUGCUAUGCGCUUGCGCUUAUUGUCUGUUUGCCCAACUCUGGUUA